AUUAAUACUAAGCUAAAAUGGAAGAAUCCAAAUAUAUGAUCAGUCCACGCAAAGUUCAAGGAGCUACUAGAAGAGAUACAAGUUAUUACAAGACGACUGCUAAUGUUUCUAAGGCAACUAUCCUUAAUCCAAAUGAAAAGAUUCAAAGUAUGAAAAAUAUCAAGAGAAGCUAUGGGAAAUUGAAGUCCAGCAGAGGAUUGUUGAAAUAUAGGCUUCAUAAAAAUAACCAACAUAAGGAGCAUAGCCAUUAUACUUCCAAAAGAGAGAGCAAAAGAGCUAAAAACACUCCUUGUUCUAAGUACAGCUCCAGAGAUUACUUAGCGAGUCGAACUCUGAAGACAACUAUAUUUAAGAUGAAGAAAAACAGCUUCGAAUCAACAAUUUCUGGCCAUAACUUGAUGGAUGCUACAAGAACACCAGUUUAUUCUAUCCCUGUCGACCUCUCAACCACAAAGGGAUCUGGCCCAGUCAAAGGAGCAGCUGUUGGUUAUGCUACUGAGUUAAAAUCAUCAACUGAAAGACUAUACAAAAAGUCAGAUGAAAAGACCAAGCAAGUUAGCAAGAUUAGGGAGAAAAUAAAGGAAUCAGCUAGAAGUAGAAAGAGAAUGGCUAGAGUAGUAAAUUCUACAAGAUUCAUUAAGUUUGACCUUAGAAGUACUUCCCAUAGUAACAAUAAAAGAAGCGUGUCCAAAGGUUCAGUAAGGGAUGAUAGGAGCUAUUUCAUGACCAAUACACCUGAACACAAGGGAACUAAAUUUAGAGAGUGCAUAACUAGUCCUCAGAGACCUCCUAAUUUCUCAGAUUCUAAAUUCUUAUCCCCUGAUGACCUUAAUGGUGGAGAAUAUUCUGACAACCUCGAGAAGGAAGAACUAGCCUUAAAAUUAGCAGAAGCUAAUACAGAAAUUGCUAGGCUAAAGCUUGAGCUUGAGAAAGAGCGCAAUCUUAGAGAAAUGCAAGUUUGAAAACUCUGCUCACUUCAAAAGGUUCCAGAAAGUGGCAGAAACUCUAUUGCAGAAUAUAUUAACAAUAAACUUCAGAAAUAUAAAAAGGAGUACGAAGAUGACCUCCUAUUUCAAAAAUUAGAAAAUGAUAUAGCAGAGGGAACAAGUGGGACUUCUAAUAAAAGCAGCACUGCUCAUUGUUCUUCUGCUGGAACAAAUCAAUCAAAAUUAUUAGACUCAAAGGUGUAAUUCUAAGCGAGAAAGCUUCAGCCAGCUUAUAAGCAAGAUCCAUUUGAACUAAUUGAUAGUAUAAUGGUCCUUAAUUCAAUU